UCACGGCGCGGCGGGCGGCGCAUUGUGCGCGGUGUUGGUGGUGUCGGUGCGGCCAUGGAGCGCUGGACCGGGCGCGUGGCGUUGGUCACCGGCGCCUCCGUGGGUAUCGGCGCUGCCGUGGCGCGGGCGCUGGUGCAGCACGGCAUGAAGGUGGUGGGAUGCGCCCGCAGCGUGGACAAGAUCGAGAAAUUGGCAGCUGAAUGCCAGAGCGCUGGCUACCCUGGGACCCUCAUCCCAUACAAGUGUGAUCUCUCCAAUGAAGAAGAGAUCCUGUCCAUGUUCUCCGCCAUCAAGACCCUUCACCAGGGAGUUGAUGUGUGCAUCAACAACGCGGGGCUGGCUCGCCCAGAGCCUCUGCUCUCGGGGAAGACAGAAGGCUGGAGGACAAUGAUAGAUGUCAACGUGAUGGCUGUAAGCAUCUGCACCCGAGAGGCCUAUCAGUCCAUGAAGGAGAGAAACAUCGAUGACGGUCAUAUUAUUAACAUUAACAGCAUGAAUGGUCACAGCGUUGUGCCACAGUCGGUGGUGCAUUUUUACAGUGCCACCAAGUACGCAGUCACGGCACUCACAGAGGGGCUGAGGCAAGAACUCAGAGAAGCAAAGACUCAUAUACGAGCUACAUGUAUAUCUCCAGGACUGGUAGAAACGGGAUUUGCUUUUAAACUUCAUGAUAAUGACCCUGAGAGAGCUGCUGCAACCUAUGAGAGCAUUCGGUGUCUCAAAGCUGAAGAUAUGGCUAAUGCUGUCAUAUAUGUCCUCAGUGCCCCACCUCAUGUACAGAUUGGAGAUAUACAGAUGAGGCCCACGGAACAGAUAUCAUAGCAAAUGAAGAAGACCGUGAGCAGCACCAUGAAUCCACUCCACAUGGAACCCUCUGGCAAUGUGGGGUUUCAUCAGCUGGCUAGCAACGUUUUAUUCAAGUACCAAGGAUCGUGUUUGAAGAAUUAUUUUUCUCUCCCUCUCUCUCAGCUGGUGCUGGUACGGAGCCAGUUUUAAAAAGGAUAUAUAGUAGUGGGUCUCUUUUCUCCCCUACUCCUUUUGGAAACUGCGUAAGAGUAAAAUGGAUUUGAAAAUAAUGCAGGGAAGUGGUUUGUGGAAGAUUGUCUCCAGACUGGUUUAUUCUUCUUUUUGCUUUCUUUUCAAGGUUGGUUUGAUCUUAUUUGCUGUCUGGACGUAGAUGAAGUGGCACAAGGUGUUUGCCAGCUUCCAUGGGCUUAGGGUUUGAGAUAUACGGUGGAUGUCACACGUUUAAUUUUUACAUUUCUCCUCAUCAUUUUGAUGCUUAUUUGGUAACGAUGGAUGAUAUUUUCUUCUCUCAUAUCCUACUGCCCUAACGCCAAUGUACAAACUCACCCUGCCCCCCCAAGCCCUCCUUUUGCGUUCAUAUGAAUUGUGCCUGCCAAGUUUGAGGAGGUUUGUGUGCGCUUGAUGUUUCUUUCUUUCUAGGUAAGUAGAUAAAUAGCUUUGGGAAAAGAACCUGCGUUCUUUGCAGGUUAGAAUGAUCUUCUAAGUGGCAUAGGUACAGUAAGAGUGAGUUGUUUGGUAUUUUUAAUAAAAAUUAAAUGUGUUGUCUUGUGACCACCUUUAUCCCUUGGUAUCAUCUCCCAGCACUCUUGUUGUUUUUUGGUAUGUUUGAUAUUUGCAUGCAUUGACGUUUUUUGCAAGUAUUGAUCAGUCUUUGAAAGAUAUAUGAUGCUGUUUAAAUGCUGGUUACUCUUUUAAGUUGGAACUAUUGGGAUUUUGUUUAUAUGCAGAGAUACAAGCUCAGAGAGAGAGAGAGAGAGAGAAAGAGAGUGAAAUGAACCAUGCUGAAACUGUCCAAAAAAGAAAAGAUUUUAAUAGGGGCAUUUGCCUACAAAGCAGUAGGAGAAAGGUCUGCUUUGGAUCUACUGGUUCUAUGCUGGUGUGGCCCUGUUGUUUUGCUCCGGGUUUACUCUAACUCGAGGUGGGGGGAGUUAGCCCCAUAGCUGGUACAUGCACAGCUGGGGACCACUUGAGUUGUUUUAUUUACUCUUACAAUGUGGCAGAAACAUAUCUGCAUGGAGCCCAGCUUGAUUUGGCACUGUUAACAUACACGUUGCCUUAGGACUGCAGAGUCUCUCCUACUGUGCUUUCCUGUAGUACUUUGGCAGGUGAACACCUUGUUGUAGGUGGAGCAGGUAUGGUUUGAGUGGAGGACUGAGAACCAGAGAAACUUGGUUUGGAUUGUUUUGCUUAUGCCAGUGUAGCUCAGUGGGAGUUCAUUUGUGUUACACCACCAUAAGGGAGACCAGAACUGGGCCACUAUGUCAUGAAUUUCAACUCCCUAUAUAACUUUGGGCAAGUCGCUUUACCUCUCUGCCUCAGUUUACCCAUCUGUAAAAUGGGGAUAAUAAUACUUACCUACCUCACAGGGGUGUUGUGAGGACUCACAAGCUGUUUUGUAAAGCACUUUGAAUAUGAGAAGCGCUAUGUAAGUGCUGAGUGUUGAUAUGAAGUAUUAUUAUUAAUUAAAUCUCGUGAUUCGUGGAAUUCCUUGUGCCAAAGGUGAGCAAGCAUGGAAGGCUACAAGGGGAAAACUGAUAAAGCAUUCCCUUGUAAUGAUAAAAACAAAGGCAGUUUGGCCCCUUUUUCCCCCCUCUUUAUAAAUGCACUCUCACGGUGUGUUCUGUCCCUCAUCUGUUACCAGUUUCUGCUGGUAAGUUCUUGUAACCUUGUCUCUGGACUUGGCCUUUUAAUUUACCCUGAGUGAAAUUCAUGCCCUGUGGCAAAGUCUUGCACUACUCUGAUGCACUUCCCUCUUCCACUUAGCUGAGGCAGUGGCACUGUGUAGGUUCAUGGCACAGAGCUGACUUUCACCUGCAGCACUGAGUUAGACUGUGUCGUUCAAGGAGCAGCCAGUCCAGGUCUGCAUGCAGCCAGUGAUGCUCAGUGCAAUGGAGAAAGCCUGUGCUAGCUGGAAAGGCUCUUCAACCUCCGUGCUGCUGUGGUGUACAAUCCAAAGGCCUUUUGCUAAGGAAGGUCCAAGCACAGUUGUGCUUUCUAUAACCCCCCCACAAUGAUGUUCAGCUUUACUUACUAUGAAAACUGUGUGUUUUCCAUAGGCUUUCUUUCACAAGAGCUUGUUUAAACUCAACAGGUGCAGUGUGCACCACUUAAAAAGAGAAGCCAGCUGAACUGGAAGUUGAGGGCCAAAACAGAAAGAGUUGGGAAAUUAGCAGAAGAAUAAAACAUAGGCAAGGCUGUGGGGAGCACUGGUGAAAUGGCUGAGCUGGUGGCUGUGACUGUGCGCAGAAUUCAACAGCUGCUGAAGUACAUGGCUGAGAUGGCUGAGACAGGACCUGGCUUAUCUUUCUGCUCUGCAGCUGUAAGGCCUUGAAAAGGGGCCAGCGUGGACAGUCACUCCUUGCAAAUGCAAUUUGGCUGACCUGCAGCCAUAGAAGUGUUUUUUCUCCAUGAGUGUUUGUACCAUUUGCACAUCUUUAAAACAUCUCGUCCUUGAAAUGAUAUCAUUAUGUUUUUGGGUUUUUUUUCCAUUUCAAAUGAGAUUUGGGGGGGAUGAUUUUUUUUUUCCUGCCUCCAGCUGCUUUCCCAUGUGAAGUGCAGCCCACAGAAGGGUUUGCCAUGGGGUGCUCAGCCUUUCUGCCUCGUGUCACCUGGUGGCACCUCAAGCACUUCUUCCUGGGUUGGGAUGAGAUUGGCAACGUGACCCCGAGGCGUCCAGAAACCCCAGACAGGAGAGUGACCUGUACAAUCUAUCAGUAGGCUUCUAAUUGUAAAACUAGGAAAUAAAGAAUAAAAAGAGAGGCACAAUUUUGUUCUUUUGUUGUAUAUAGUAGUUCGUGUUUGUACAUAACAGCCUUUUUACUGCUCACAGAUGAACCUAUCUUUUGUGAAGAGUUCAAACAGAAACGUGUGAGUUUGGUUCCUCACGGGGGGGAAACAUAUUGCAAUUGCUUUCUAGAGCAGAAUAGCAUCCAUUUGUCUCAUGGAUAAGCUGUGGAGAUUGGACUCACCCUUCCCUGUUCAAAUGAAGCUGAGUUCCACAGGGCUUUGCUGAAAUCCCCAGGUAGGCUGCUGGGUUUGGCUAAAACUAUGCAAGGGAUGAGCCAGUGCUGCUGUGCAGACUUGGAUAUUGAACUCUGUCAAUCUCCCACACUUGUUUGAAGUGGGGUGGAUUAUUGCUGUUGUUAAAUGGAGGCGUUUUUACUUCCCGGACCUCUUUCAGGUUGUCCAAGUUGCAGAGGCUCAGGUUUGCUGUCAUUAAAACACAAAUGUUUUUUGCAAAUAAGUAGUGAGUAGCUGACUUGGCUGCCUUGCUGGAUCUGAGGCAGGUGUUUUGGAUACCUUGUAAAUAGGUAGAAAGCAUUUGUGGAAUUAAAAGCAUGUUUGUCUUUUCUAA